GUUUACAAAGCCUCUGCCACUCUCAAAUUCACAACCCCAAACCCUAGCAGCUUCACAUUUUCUUCACCACCGCAACCAUGGCUGAGGGUCUCGUUCUUCGCGGCACCAUGCGUGCUCACACCGACGUGGUCACCGCCAUCGCCACUCCGAUCGACAAUUCCGAUAUGAUUGUCACCGCCUCCCGCGACAAAUCCAUCAUCCUCUGGCGCCUUACCAAGGAGGACAAAACCUACGGUGUUCCCAGCCGCCGUCUCACCGGUCACUCUCAUUUCGUUCAGGAUGUUGUCCUCUCAUCCGACGGUCAGUUCGCUCUAUCCGGUUCAUGGGAUGGUGAGCUCCGUCUGUGGGAUCUCAACGCCGGAACCUCCGCUCGCAGAUUCGUCGGCCACACCAAAGAUGUUCUCUCUGUGGCUUUCUCGAUUGACAACCGUCAGAUCGUGUCUGCUUCUCGUGACCGCACGAUUAAGCUCUGGAACACUCUCGGUGAGUGCAAGUACACUAUCCAGGACGGUGAUGCUCAUUCCGAUUGGGUCAGCUGCGUUCGAUUCAGCCCUAGCACUCUUCAGCCAACUAUCGUUUCUGCUUCAUGGGAUAAAACUGUGAAGGUGUGGAAUCUGACUAACUGCAAGCUGAGAAACACCCUUGCUGGACAUUCUGGAUAUGUCAACACUGUUGCUGUUUCGCCUGAUGGUUCUCUCUGUGCCAGUGGUGGCAAAGAUGGUGUUAUUCUGUUGUGGGAUUUGGCUGAGGGAAAGAGACUUUACUCUCUUGAUGCUGGGUCUAUUAUCCAUGCUUUGUGCUUCAGUCCUAACAGGUACUGGCUAUGCGCUGCAACUGAGUCCAGCAUUAAGAUCUGGGAUUUGGAGAGCAAGAGUAUUGUUGAGGAUUUGAAGAUUGAUCUAAAGACUGAAGCUGAUGCUACCACCGGUGGUAACACCACCAAGAAGAAGGUCAUCUACUGUACUAGUUUGAACUGGAGUGCUGAUGGAAGCACUUUGUUUAGUGGAUAUACUGAUGGUGUUGUUAGAGUCUGGGGCAUUGGACGUUAUUAGUAACGUUAUUUUGUUUAUCAGAUUUAUCCUGUUUUGUUUUUGAGACAAAUUUAGUUACUGUUUUACGUAGAAUUUAAUUUUGAUGACAAUGGCUUUGUAGCCCUUUCUAUUUACUUUGAAAUGUUUGCUUUUGGUUCUUCCCCCAAACAAGUAAAAUAUUUAUUUUGAAUA